AUGACCGCAUUGUUAUUACGAGAGAAGAUAGAGGGCAUCUUCGUAAUCGCAGACGACGGUCUGAAAGCGGAAACCCACGCAUCGCCACCACCAAUCUUGGGUUUACAUUUACCGUUUGGGUUCUCAGCAAAAUCUGGAGUUUUGAUUGCUUCUCCGCUCAAUCAGUUAAGUUUUGACAUGGAUUCUACAACGCAAAUUUUCCAACAUCGCUUGUCAGUAAAAUUGUGGCCCCCAAGUCAGGGUACCAGGUUGUCACUUGUCGAGAGGAUGACAAAGAAUCUUACCACCCCAUCUUUUAUCUCCAGAAAAUACGGCCUGCUCAGCAAGGAAGAGGCUGAGGAAGAUGCCAAGAAAAUUGAAGAGGUAGCCUAUGCUACUGCGAACCAAAACUUUGUGAAAGAGCCAGAUGGUGAUGGAAGUUCUGCAGUGCAAAUUUAUGCCAAAGAAUCCAGUAGGCUUAUGCUGGAAGUUCUUAAAAGAGGCCCUAGAGCAAAGGAUGGAGAGGAGGUGGUUGCUCAGAAAGUUACUGCCGCUUAUGGAACUGUCUUCGAUAUAUCUGGAGGUCCCCGGGCAUUUAUUGAUGCUGAGGAGGCUAAGGAGCUCUUAAAACCUCUAGGAGAGCCGGGGAACUCAUUUACUAAGAUAUGUUUCAGCAACAGGAGCUUUGGAUUAGAUGCAGCUCGUGUGGUAGAGCCCAUUUUGUCUUCUAUCAAGUAUCAUUUGACAGAAGUAGACUUAUCAGAUAUUGUAGCUGGAAGGCCAGAGGCAGAAGCUCUUGAAGUCAUGAACAUAUUUUCCUUGGUCCUGGAAGGUUGUAACUUGAGGUAUCUGAACCUUUCAAACAAUGCUUUGGGGGAAAAGGGUGUUCGGGCAUUUGCAGAGCUCCUAAAGUCUCAGAAUAAUUUGGAGGAGCUGUAUCUGAUGAACGAUGGUAUUUCAGAGGAAGCUGCGUGA